AUGGCUCGAUUUCUAACUGUCUUGUUGACUGCCAUCUGGCUUUCUACCAGCUCCGCAUUGUCGAUGCCCAGCGAUAUAACAGCUCGGCACCUCGACCAAGGAAUUACGACGAGACAGACCUUGGUCGCGCCGCCGCCUUGCGUACCGAUUAAUCCACCGCCAAGCGAGUUUGAAACCAAACACCGAUUCAGUUGUUUCGCUCACGCCUUCCUUGUCACCAAGAACUUGACCGAGGCAUUCCAGUACAUAUCCGAGGGCUAUAUUAACCACAACCCAUUCGUUACGCAGAACGGCUCUCAAGCUGCUUUCGACUUUUUGGCACCCAUAUGGCCGACUACCAACGUAACGUUCCAUCGGAAGCUCUUCAGGGGCGAUAUGGGGUGGGUGAACUACAAUACCCCUUUUGCUGGAGAUAUCAUCGACAGAUUUCGAUGGGAGGCUGGCUGUAUUGUUGAGCAUUGGGAUGUUGGUGAAGUGUGGCCGACGGAUGAAUAG